CGUCCAUUACAUUUUUAAAUUACAGUCUAUCAAUGACUCCUGUGCUAUGCGGCUCUCUGUUCUACAUUUACCAUUACUAAUUCAACAUAUAUAUAUAUAAUUGCAUUGCAUGGCCUUCUUCUUCUUAUUAUUCAAAUCUAGAAUCUAGCUAGAAUCUAGAAAGAAAGAAAGAAAAUGGGAGAACGAGGUCAACAUGAGUACCGGGGCAGCUGGGUACCGUCUGAGUCUCCAUUAUUAUUAAACACAGGAAAAGAGGAGCAUUGGAGCCAUUUUGAUAGCUCUGUUAAUUCAGUUUCUUUUGGGUUCAUCGCUACUGCUGUUCUAAUCUCCAUGUUUCUUUUGAUGGCCAUUUUCGAGAGGUUCCUCAGAAAUAUUUCGCCUCCUCCUCCUCAGUCACCACCUGGCCACCGCCGACGAUACAGUUUGGACGUAGAGUCACAGAUGCAACUCAAUAGCAAGUUCAUUCCUCUCCCUUCUCCAAAAAUAUCUGUGAAAGCCAUGGAACUCUCUGUGUUGAUGCCAGGAGACCAUAUACCACGCUUCAUAGCUCAACCCAGCCCCAGACCCAGACCGCCAAACCGGCUCAUCGUCGCUUCACCAUAAACAUCCAAUUCAAACACGACUUAAACUAAGCUCAGCUUGAUUGUUUUUGUACAUAUAGAGUAGUAUAUGGCCAUAUGGGAAUGGAUGACAUUUUGGUGCUGGUUUAGUUAGACCAGAUUGAUAUAUAUAUUCAAGGAAU